AUGAUUGGCGACCAGUAUACCAACGUCGGUGCGGGUUUUAAAUCAGCCUUAGCAGUACUCUGCAUCGCCGUGUGCUUUCUUCUACUAUCUCCGUGGAUUGCUUACGCGAGUUUGCCAACGUCCAUAAAAUCGCCUAUCAAAGUAAAGGGACCGUUAUCAGCGCUCCGAGCAUGCUUGAGUGAGAUCACCGCCGGAACGAAAACCUCGACAAAGGGAUACGAAUUAUAUUCUAAAAAGGGACAGUCAUUUGCAAUGCUGAACAUCAACUUUCGCCCUCAGGUUAUCCUACCUCCGGAGUAUGUUCGCUGGCUAAUCACCCAACCAGAAGAUAUCCUCUCCCAUGCCAAGGCCAGUGACGAUGCUGACGCACUGGGGUAUAUCUGGCCACUGUUUGAUGCAUCAGCUCUUCACUCAUUCUCCAAAGUCCUCCAGAAUGAUCUCACUCGGAACGUCACACAGACAGAGAAUGAUGUUUUGGAAGAAGUGCAGCACAUCAUGGAUGAGCUUGUCGGUAAGGCCGGCACUUGGAAGGAGGUGAAUAUGGUUCGGGUUUUCGAAAGGAUCAUGUAUCAGGCGACGCAGCGCGUUUAUGUGGGACUUCCUCUGUGCCGAGACAGCACGUAUAUGGGAUAUGUGAAAGGAUAUGCCCGCUCUUUGGGGACUGCCAUGGUAUUCGCAGCCCAGCUUACCCCAUGGCCCCUCAGACAGGUUACAGCCCUGCUGGCAGGUUUGCCGGUUUACUACUAUGUCCUUCGGGUCCGAUCUUACCUGUCCCCGCUAUUCAAGGAACGGAUGGAGCGGCUGAAAGCGAACGAGGGGAUGAAGGAGGGUUUACCAGAACACGAACCAGGCAACCUGAUUACCUGGAUGUCAAAUGGCGUGCUUUCCGGGGUCGCGCCCAGGUCGGUCAGCCCAAGCGAAAUGGUAACAUGGCUUGGAAUUCUCGCACUCCUGCCAACAGAUAAUCUCUGGACGACAUGCACAAAUGUACUUCUUGAUCUGCUUAGCUCCGCGUCCGAGCACGCUUAUCUCCAUAGCAUCCGUGAGGAAGCAAAGACAGUAUUCGCUUCAAGCAAGGAGUCUAGUAAGCCCGUGUCACAUGGAUUGCAUCAUAUUGAUAGCGCAAUUCGAGAGAGUCUUCGGAUGAAUUCCCUAUCCCCGAGAUCCCUCCAUCGCCAGGUUGUACGUCGCGGGGGUGUUGUGCUACCUGACGGACAGAAGGUCCCUGUAGGGACUUGGCUGUGUGUUUUAUCCGGGAACAUCCAGAGAGAUGAAGACUUUUAUGACGAUGCACAUACCUACAAGCCAUUCCGUUUCGUUCCUAAGCUGGCUGAGUCUGGAGGCGACAAGGCACCGUCGUUGCCUUUGACAAAUGAGAAGUAUCUUACUUUCGGUUAUGGUCGACACGCCUGCCCUGGGCGAUGGUUUUCAUUCCAGAUAAUGAAGAUCGUUAUUGCCUAUAUCCUCGUAAACUAUGACAUUCGGCCGCUGGACAAACGCCCGGACAAUAUCAAGUUUGCAGAUCUCAACAUACCCCACCUAUCCCACAUAAUCAAGAUCAAGAGGAUAACAGGAAGCCAGUAG